AUGUCCUGUCCCUUCGCAAACUCCAACGUCACCCAGCUGCAGUCCUACCUGGCGGCCUCGGCCAUCAGCCAGGAGGAGCCCGCCGCGCAGACGUACGCCUUCGAUGGCGACGCCAAUAUCGACUCCGCCGCCACCACGGUGGUUUCCUUCGGCGAGACCAUGGUCAGCGAGCCGGUGGUCAUGGACCCGGCCACCGCGGCCGCGGCCGACCAGCACAAGGUCGUCUACUACUCGGACUACCUGCGGGUGCCGGAGCUCCUGGAUCUGGUGCACCCGGAGUCGCGGACGCGCGUGCGGCCGGGGCUCGACCCGGCCGGCGGCCCGGUCGAGGCGCACGACGAGCACCUCUUCAUCGUGGUGCACCAGGCGCACGAGCUCUGGUUCAAGCAGGCCCUGCACGAUCUGCGCAGUGCCAUUGACAUCAUCGGCGCGCCGACCACCAGCGCCGCCGGGCUGACCCUGGCCACCCGGCGCAUCAACCGCUGCCGCGGCAUCAUGGACCUCUGCAUCACCAAGCUCAACAUCCUCAAGUCCAUGGACCCGCUGGAGUUUUUGGAGUUCCGCGACCUGCUCAUGCCGGCCUCCGGCUUCCAGUCGGCGCAGUUCCGCAUUCUGGAGAACCUCACCGGGCUCAACCCUCUUGACCGGCUGGACUACCAGCGCGAGUCCUACCUGCACUACUUCUCCGAUGACGACCGCAAGCGCAUCAUCCAGUCCGAGCAGGACCUCAACCUGUUCCAGGCCCUGAACAAGUGGCUGGAGCGCUGCCCCGCCCUUGGGCCCGAUGGCGACCAGGCCGCCUCCCAAACCGACACCCUGUGGAACUCCUACGAGCAGAGUGUCCACUCGAUGCUGACCCAGCAGCGCAAGACCAUCCUGGACGACAAGAAAAUCUCCGACGAGCACCGCGAGCACCUGCUCACCAGCCUCAAGGCCAGCGAGGAUUACUUCAAGAUGCUGAUCGAUGCGGAUGAGUAUGCCUCGGUGUCGGCUCGCAGCGAUGCCACCGGUCUCCCGGCCACCCCCAUUUACACCAUGACCCACCGGGCCCUGAAGGCCGCGGUGCUGGUCAAGAUGUUCUACCCCCGGGUGGACCAGCUGAGCGCGCCGCACCAGCUGCUCAAUGCCAUCGUCGAGCUGGACAUGUCCAUCACCCGAUGGCGCUUCUCCCACUCGCAGAUGGUGCAGAUGAUGAUCGGCAGCCGCCCGGGCACCGGCGGCAGCUCCGGCUACCAGUACCUCCGGUCGACCCUGAACGAGCGCUACGCCACCUUCAAGGACCUGGUCCGGAUUCCGACCUUCAUGCUCACCCCGGACUGGGCCCCCUCCAAUGUGGCCUCCGUCGCCGGGCUGACCAACUUCGCCGGCUGGGCUUGA